UUACCGCCUACAGGCCAGUGAAGUUCAUCAACGCCCAACAUAUUCGGCGUGUGUGUGUGACCGUCACAGACGCGCGCCGCUCCAUUGAUCCCUACUUGGCGUCAGCGGCACAACAGGGGAGGGAACUCCUUCCGCGAAGGUCACUGACGUGACACAUGACGACACGGAACGUCACAGCGGGCCGAGUCACGCGCGCCGACCAAUCACCGAGCCGGCCGAUCUCGGCGGCGGCCAAUCGGUGUCGUCGGCUGCGGCGGGCGGCCCGGCUGACGGACCAUUGCACCACGGGCCACGCUGGCCGGCGCCACGCUGGCUGGCCGAUACGUGAUGAUACGUGAGCCCGGCCGCCUAGAUACGCGAGUGCGAGCCGACAAAUACAACAGCCAUGGGAGGUAGGGCAGACACAGACGCGCUCUUGAGACUCGGCAGACGACAGGUGGAAAGCGGAGGAUUGAACUACUUAGACGGUGCUGCAUCUCAGUUGGCCAGACCGACGCGCCGAGUUCGUAUUUGCGCUCAGCCUGCCGGAGUGUGUGCUGCUGAAGAAGUGUUCCCGGGUGAUCAGCGAUGGGUCUGCUGCUGUCACGUGUCCUCGAGUCGCUGGACGGCCUGGUGCGCACCCGUCAGCCGGUGCGGAUCCUGCUGCUGGGUCUGGACGCCGCCGGCAAGACCACCAUCCUGCACCGGCUGAAGCUGGGUGAGGUGGUCACCACCAUCCCCACCAUCGGCUUCAACGUGGAGACCAUCGAGUACCGCAACAUCAGCUUCACCGUCUGGGACGUCGGCGGUCAGAAGAUCCUGCGGCCGCUGUGGCAUCACUACUUCAGUAACGCCAAGGGCCUCAUCUACGUGGUGGACUCGCUGGACAGGGAGCGCGUUCAGGAGGCGGCCGACGAGCUCGCUGACAUGCUGCAACACGACGAGCUGCGGCACAUCCCGGUGGUGGUCAUGGCCAACAAGCAGGACAUGCCGAGGGUGAUGUCACCGAGCGAGGUCACCGAACGACUGGGCAUGGGCAAAAUGACCGGCCGCCCGUGGCACGUGCAGGCCACGUCGGCCACGCAGGGCGAGGGGCUGUACGAAGCCCUCGACUGGCUGUCCCGGGAGAUCUCGCAGUCUCGACAGUACUAGUCGCAUGAUAAUGGAGAUCUCCCAGUCUCGAUGGUGCUCGAGUCGCCUUGAGGCGGUUCAUGCGACUCGGCGCUGCCACCGCCUUGAGCGCGGACCAGUGAUCACAGCGCACAGCGGUUUUUAUAGAAGUGCAAGCGGAUGGGAAGUCAUGCACCACUCUGAGUCACUGUUUGAGCAGGCUGCGGCUCAGCGCCUAGCGUGUGAAGACACCCGGAUGCCUUAUAUCUUUACACUUUGCUCUCAUUGCACACAAAUAAAUUGUGAUUGCGGGGUCAGAUACGUUCAUCAGUCAGGGCCGAUAAUUGAAGGUUUAAGUUUCUAUAUCAAUGAAUCGGUACUUUCUGUUCGCCAUCUGUCCAAUCGCAGGUGUUUUGAAUGCUGUUCUGUACAGUCGUUGUUAUAAUAUGUGCAAGCCGCUUGUUUUCGUCCUAAUGCCUAAGAGCUUUCGUUGUGUGUGAUAUGCUGAGUCCUGAACACGUUGACUUCAAUGUUUGGGCCAUGAAUAAUACUGGAUUGUUAUAUAUGCCUAAUGCCUACUUUUUACAUAUGUUCUUUAUAACGGUAUUUCAAAUAACUUUAUAACAAUAGCGACAACAUAAGCCCAUUUGCGGCCUCCUGCCUCGAUUGCCUAUUGGCGCAAUUAAGAUAGAGGUGCUUUUUCAUAUUAUCGUUGAGUUCCUCAAUAACACGUUUAGAGAUGCGAAAUACACUUUGAUGACAGCGCACGGUAGUUCAGCUUGAUGGAAUUUAUGAUCGAUGGAUUCAACUUUCCGGAAAUCACUCUUACGAUGAUUCACACGUCGCACCUCUUUUGCCAACAGUUCAACGUGAUGGAAAAUAAGUAACGAAACAAACACAUUGGCACCUCGAAAGGUAAUGAAUCAUUUUUGAUGGCUUCUUUGGCGCGCUGGGACAAUAAAAGGAACUCUUCAGUGCAGCUGUGGAAAUAUUGGUUUGGAAAACAAAAUAUUAAACAUGUCAUAGCAUAGCAUCGAUGGAACUGUUGUAGGACACAAUCUGAGGUGCGCAAACUCAUUGAUAGAUAUCCAUUAUCCUCCUUUACUCCCGGAAAUAUUGCAUCGACCCUUACUAUUAACCCGAGAAUGUGAUGGCAGGCACUAGCAGGCAAACCGUGCAGGUUAAAUCGCAUCAUAGGACAAAAUAGCGAAUAAGCUAUAGAUUACGCUUUUUUACGACGCUAUAGCUAUGUUGGUUCACGGGUUGACGCCGUUUUGUCAAUAAAUGUCAUAAAUGUCACUAUCGGAAAUUUUGACUAUUAAUCACCUGGCGUGACCUUAGUUGUAACCUGGACAAUGUCAUAAGUAUUUUUAUGGCACUUGCUGAGAGUUGUCGAUCGCUUUUUCCACGCCUUUCAAUACAUAUCUUGCUUUGGGAGAAAA